AUGAAGUGUUCCAUCGUAAACGUCCUCGUUCUGGUGGGCGCAGCCGCAGCCCAGCUGUCUGGCAGCGUCGGCCCGACGACAAGCACCGCAGCCAAGCGGGCCAAGAAGACGUGCAACGUACUUGACUACGGUGCCAAGGCAGACAAGAAGACGGACCUUGGUGCGGCUCUUACCAAGGCUUGGUCUGCAUGUGCAUCCGGAGGCAUUGUCGUCAUCCCCUCAGGUGACUAUGCCAUGUCAACCUGGGCUACCUUGAACAAAGGCAGUGGUGUUGGCGUGCAGCUGGACGGCACGAUCUACCGAACCGGAACCGCUGGCGGUAACAUGAUAGCCAUCCAGAACAGCAAGGACAUUGAGUUCUUCUCCAGCACCGGGUCCGGCGUCAUGCAAGGCUAUGGAUACGAGAUCCACAAGUCGGGAUCACUCUCGGGUGCCCGUCUGCUCCGUGUCAUCAAGACCAGUGACUUCUCUGUCCACGAUCUCAGAUUCGUGGAUGCGCCCGCCUUCCACAUCUCGCUGGACACCAGCACCAACGGCGAGCUCUACAACCUUGCCAUUCGGGGUGGUGAUCAUGGUGGGCUGGACGGAAUUGAUGUGUGGGGAACCAAUAUACACAUCCAUGAUGUGAUGGUGACCAACAAGGACGAGUGUGUAACAGUCAAGUCCCCCGCUCAAAACAUCCUCAUCGAGCAAAUCUACUGCAACCUCUCGGGCGGGUCCGCAAUCGGGUCCCUCGCAGCCGGCACAGCCAUCUCAAACAUCGCCUACCGCAAGAUAUAUACCGUAGGCAGCAACCAGAUGAUGAUGAUCAAGAGUAACGGUGGCUCGGGGUACGUGGAGGAUGUUGAGUUUAGUGAGUUUAUCGGGCACGGUAACGCGUACUCGCUGGACGUGGACCAGGCGUGGUCGUCCAUGUCGACGGCCUCGGGCGCGGGCGUGCAGCUGAGCAACAUGACCUUCAGCAACUGGAAGGGAACCUGCGCCUCGGGCACGCAGCGCGGGCCGGUCCAGUUCAAGUGCGACCCCGACACUCCUUGCAAGGACAUGGUCGUGGAGGACUUUGCCAUGUGGACCGACAGCGGGAGCAAGGUCAACUACAUCUGCCAGAACGCCCUCGGCACGGGGGCGUGUCUCAAGGGCAGCGGCGGCUCGUACACCACCACCGUGGCUGUUGCGUCUGCGCCCACGGGCUAUCAGGCUGCUACCAUGCCGGAUGACCUGAAGACUGGGUUUGGGUUCACGGUUGAGAUCCCCGUGCCUACCAUGCCGAGCAGCUUCUUCCCUGGAGCGACGCCGUUGGUGGCCUUGGCCCAUUGA